UCAUCAUGUGGUCGUCCAGUUCACUACAAUCAACGUCACUCACAAUUUAUACACAAAACAUCUUUCUUCAAAUUGUUUUAUUUUCAUCAUAAAUUAGUUUACAAGUCUUGUGUGUCACUUUGUUCAACAUAAAAUUAUUAAUUCAACAAAAUAAUUUAGAAUUAUUGAGAAAUUAUAGUCUUUAUGGAUAAAUCAAAGUGAGAGUGCGUGCCGUCCCUAUUGGGAAAAAUGGACUCGACCGUUGGGGGCCUUUGUGUAUAGUCACGUUCCUGAUUCUUAACCUAACCUAUCGCUAGCGUCAUAUUCCGGAUGUUAUAACGGGAAAAACUCGCUGUGAUUGGUGGAAAGUCGUUACACGCGGAAUCAUCAGUAAUAAAGCGUUUCAAGGCACCUGGAUUUCUAACAAGCACAUGCUUGUUAUGUGGUUCCAAGUGUUACAGAGAAAUUAAUAAUAAUUUCUAUCAUUUACCAUUAAUUAAUUUUUUAUCAUGGAGUCACUGGAAGAAAUAAAUAAAUAUUUGAACUUCGACAGCCGAUUGGAUCUCCAAUCUAUUGCUGUUCAAAGUAUUCUUGGUCUUACUGAUGAUGAGAAAAGUAGGGAAUUGCUAUUGAGCUGUCCAGAAAUUUUAAAACAACUUAUUUUACUUUGCCAAGUUGAUUCCAAGAGAUUAGCAGUUGCUAAAGAUGCUGUAUUGGCUUUAAUAAAUAUCUCUAGUGAUGAAGCUGGUGCGAACGCUUUAUUACUUAUAUCAGAAACUUCUAAAGUAGUCGGUACCGAUCAACCUACUGACAAUCUUAUUUAUGUUUGUUUUCGCUUCAUUUUGGAUAAAGACUGCUCACUCGCAGAUCCAUGUUGUAUGGUUCUAUCAAACAUGACUCGACCAUCUAUUUUGGUGGACAGAAUAGUAGCUCUAACAGAAAAAGUCAAUUGUAAAUGGGAUCAAAUUGUUUAUGCUUUUGCUUAUGCAGAUAAAUACAAUACUAAAGGUGCAAAGCUUGAUUAUCUUGGUCCCGUGUUAAGCAAUCUUAGUCAAUCAGCAAUUGUACGAAAACGUCUAACAGAUCGAAAUCAACCUAUUAUUCACAAGCUCCUUCCUUUCGUAGAGUACAAAGAAAGUCUUGUCAGGAGGGGUGGUGUUAUAGGAACUCUCAAAAAUUGCUGCUUUGAUAUUGAUAAUCAUAAUUGGCUUUUGAGCUCUGAAGUUGACAUACUACCGUAUUUAUUACUACCACUGGCUGGUCCAGAAGAAUUUGAUGAUGAAGAUAAUGAAAAAUUGCCUCUUGAUUUGCAAUAUUUACCAGAAACUAAACAACGAGAACCUGACCCAGAUAUUCGAAUUAUGCUUUUAGAAGCUCUCUGUCAAUUAUGUGCUACGAAGGAGGCACGUAACAUUUUGAGAAAUAAAAAUGCUUACGUGAUACUUCGAGAAUAUCAUAAACGGGAAGAAGAUAAAGCUGCGCUUUUAGCACUUGAAAAUGUUAUAAACAUUUUAAUUAGAACUGAGGAAGAAAUAGGUGUAGAUAAUUUAAAACUCUUGGAGGUUCCUACGGAUUAUUCUGAAAAGUUCAAUGAAAUAGAUGAAGAAUAUUUUAAAAGUUGAAAAAAAUAUUCCAUAAAACUGUGAUAUUAUACAAUAUUUUUUAUAAAUUUAAAAAAA